AUGGACCAACUAGUGCCUCGCCAAAGCAAUUUGGAGGUACAACGAGCUGUUCCUCAUGUUUCUGAAACAGAUGAUUCUUCUGCCACGCUAGAUCGCCAAUGGCGCUCAGUCGAAUAUCGCCUAAAACAGUCUGAUAAUGACUUAAAUCGGAUGCGUCGCUUCUGCCAGGCCAUGCAGCGUCAAGUGGAUCUUGGCCUUCGAUAUAAGGCUGAUGUAGAUCGACUCACUCUUGAAAGCCGGGUGAUGCAAGUUAGUUACUUUCAAAUCGUGUAA